AUGAACACAAACAUUAUUUUAAUAAUGGAAAUAGCUUAAACAAUAUGGUGGUCAAUACUAUCUAUAAUUUUUGGAUGGAAUAAUUAUCUUAUUACUAUAACUCUAUCUUCUUUAUCCAUAAUUAUAUAAUUAGGCUUAUUAAUUGCACUUAGAAAAAUUACAAACAAUGAUCACCUUAUUAGAAUCACAGUACUAUUCUUAAUUAAUAAUAUUGUUUAUACUGAAUUGAACUUAUAAAUCAACUAAAAUUUAAAUGCAUUUACUAAUCAUACUAAUACACUUAUUAUUGUCUCAAAUUAAUGUAUCAUUAACGAAAUUGUUACUUUAUAAAUUUCAUAUAGACUUUUAAAGUUUGGUUACCCUUGCUAUAUAAUUUUAAGGUUAUUUUCAAUUUUAUUCAUCAAUUUUGACUACUACAUAUUAGAGAGUAUAAUUGUUGUAUUUGCGAUAACUAUUGCUUUAUUAGGGUAUGAACAACCAAUAUUUACAACUUAAUUAAAUCUCUCUCUAAAAGUAUAAGCAUCCAACAACAAUAAAUUUAUAAAUUAAAUAGGAUAAGCUCAAUAAAAAAACAAGAAAAUUCAGUCUUCUAGUCAAUUGUUUAUUUAAGAUAAUUAGAAAGAUAAAAUUAGUAAUUUCAGCAAUUAAACUAAUAAAAAUUAAUCUUCUGAUUAAUUCUUUUCUAUUGUUGGUAAUUCAUUAAGAAAAAGAGUCACUGUUGAUGUUGAUAAAACUGAAAUCUAAUUAAAUCUUUUUUUUAAUCAUCUUAUGGAUUAUUUUAAUUAAGGAGUAAUUAUUUUAAAUUAAUACUAAUAAAUUUAAUACAUGAAUAAAAAAUGUUCAAGACUUUUACCUUCUUAAGGAGAAGAAUAAAUUAUAUUAAUGAUAAAAGAAUCUUUGAAUAUUACACUUUUAAACACAAAAACAUAAUUAUCAUUAUCUCAUACAUAAAGAAAACUUGAAAUGAAUCAAUAGACUUUGGAAGAUAUUUUUAUUUAAGCAUAAAAAAAAAGGUUAUAAUUAGAUAUAUUUGAUAUUCUAUUAAAUUAAUAGAAGUAUCUUAAAUAAUAUUAUCCUCAUUAAACAGAUUUUGAUGGAGAAAAUAGUAGUAUUUAAGAUUCUCCUUAUUCAAAUAGAAAUUAAAAUCAAUUUAAUUUCGAUUUAAUUUUUUAACCUGAUAGACAUAUUAAAUUAAGUAUUAUUUUAACUUAAUUUACUAAUUAACAAUUAGAUUAAAUUAUUAAUGGUUCUAAAUCAUAAUUUGGAGAUUAAACUUAAUAACCUUACAUAUUUUUAUUGAUGAAGAAUAUUACACAUAAAAAAUAAAUUGAAAAAUUAAAAAAAUAUAAUCAAUAAUCAUCAGAAAUGUUAAAUAAUUUUUCAUUUGAAUUACGAACACCUCUUAAUAUUAUAUCCUAGGUCGUGAGCAUAACAAAAGAUCUAACAAAAGAGUAAUAAGUAAUUCGAGAAUAUCUUGAAUUGAUGUAAUGUUCAAACUCCAUGUUAUAUCAUUCAAUAAAUGACAUAUUAGACUAUUCUUCAAUAUAAUCUGAUAUGUUUCAUUAUAAAUUUAAUUUAUUUUAAAUUUAAGAUAUAAUUUAAGAGAUUGAACAUAUUUUUAUUUAGUAGGUGAAACAAAAAAAUGUUUAAUUUUAGAUUAAAGUAUAAAAUUGUCUACUUGAAAAAUAGAUUUAUUCUGAUAAACAACGUAUAAUACAAGUUAUAAUUAAUAUUCUAAAUUAUUCUUAUCAUUAAGCUAAAGCAGGUGGUGAAAUGUCAUUAUCUUUAUUUUAUAAUGAUGAAUAGAGAAUAUAGAUUACAGUUCAUUAAAAUGAAAUUCUAAAAAAUGGAAAUAAUUAAAUUAUGCCAAAAUAGAUUAUUUUAAAAAAUAAAGAAAAUGAUAGACCAUUUAUUUUAACUUAAAAACCUGAAUUAGGAUUAGGAUUGAAUCUAUCUGCAAAAUUGGUUUAAGGUUUAAUUGAAACUAAUGAUAAUUAUGUUGAGAUUUUAACAUGUUUAUAAAAUGGAACAAGUAUCAGUUUUUGGAUUCAAGAUUUGGAUUUAAGUUAAUCUUAAGAACAAAUAUUUUUAAGAGGUUCAUUUAAUACAGGUAAAUUUAUGACAUACAAGAAAUCAAGAUCAUUAUAAGAUGAUAAUUUUGUAAUUCGUAGAUAUAGUGAUUAUAUAAUUUAAGAUGAUAACUAUUAUUUAGAAAAAAUAGGUCAAAAAUCUGAGUAUUUAAAUUCAAAUGAUAGUCCAAAGAUUGUAGAUGAUUUAAAUUAAAAGAUUAAAGUUCCACAAUAAAAUUAUUUUUAAUUUAAAUCUUUAGAAAGUCCCAUCUAAGGAAAUAAAACUUUUUCUUUUAAAUAUUCAACAUUAUAAGCUCAUGAAUGUACCAAUUUUUGUAAAAAAAUUUUAAUAGUCGAUGAUUAAGUUUUAAAUUUAAUAGCAUUCAAAGCUUUAUUAAAUCAUCAUAAAAUUUAAUGUGAUUCAGCUUAUGAUGGAAUUCAGGCUAUUUAAAAAGUUAAAGAGAAAAUGAAUACUAUGUGUUAAUAUUAUGAUAUUAUUUUUAUGGAUAUUGAAAUGCCAGGUAUGAAUGGUUUUGAAACAUCAAAAGAAGUAACAAAAUUAUAAUUAUAAGAUAAUUUAAUAAGGUGGUAAAAAACCAAUAAUUAUCAUGUGUUCAGCAUAUGAUACUAAAGAAAAUAUGAAUUAAAGUGAUCACUAAGGCAUAAGUGAAUUUUUACCUAAGCCAAUAAAUAAGAUUCAUCUACUUAGAAUUCUCAAUAAAUAUCAAUUAGUCAGAUGA